UCCUUCCUUAUCCCUUUAGUGCCCCUGUUCCAUCCCCCUCUCCCUCUGCCCCCCCUCCCAUCCUGCUCCACUGUAAUCGCCACCUCCCGGUCUUCGCAGAUUUAGAAGGCCCAGCCCAGCCAGCUACAUUGGAAAGAGCAACACUCCUCGCCCCGCGCCCGCCCGGCCCCGGCCCCGCCCGAUCCCCGGGGACGCCCGGACAGCUGCUCGAAGGCAUUGUCACGCCGCCUCAUCCUGCUGCCCCCGGAGCCCGCUUGCCACUCGCUGCUCCCCUCGGCGAUUCUUCUCCAGUCCUCGGCUGCUCUUGCUCCUGCCUCCCAGGCGGGCCAGCCUCUCUCUCCUUUGGUUUUGUCGCCACCUCCUCCGGGAAGUCCUCCCGAGAGGGAAAGGAAGCAUGCAGGUCGCCUGCCAGAAGGAUGCGGCCCCUGAGGGGCAGAACCUUGGGGGCCGCAAACAGGAGGGCCAGGAGAUACCAAGGCUACCCACAUCCACAAAGAUCUGCUAUGCCCUGGGAGGAGCUCCAUACCAGUUGACUGGCAAUGUCAUUUCCUUCUUUCUGCAGAUCUUCCUCUUGGAUGUAGUACAGCUGGAUGCCUUCUGGACCUCUUCUGUGAUCUUUGUCGGCCGAGCAUGGGAUUCAAUAUCUGACCCCAUUAUCGGCUACCUAGUGAGCAAAAGUCCCCUGAGGAAGUGUGGCAAACUGAUUCCAUGGACUUUGGGCUCCACUCCCUUCGGUGUCCUGAUGUACUGCCUUCUCUGGUACACACCCUCUGACGACCUACCCAACUCCUGGAAGUUCUUCUGGUACCUGACCACCUACUGUUUCUUCCAGACAUGUCUGAGUUGCUACCAUGUGCCAUACACUUCAAUGACCAUGUUCCUGGGAGGAAGCCAGAGUGACCGAGACUCUGUCACUGCCUACAGGAUGGCGAUAGAGAUUCUGAGUACCCUCAUUGGCAGUGGCCUCCAGGGGCUGAUUGUGGGCAAACAUCAGGCCAAAAUAAUUUCCAACUGCCAGGGACUCAAUGGAUCCCUGUCUAAUGAAACUGUGAGCAAUUACACUUUCCCAUCCACUGAAACCUUGAAAAACGCACGAGCAUCGUAUAUGAUAGCAGCACUGGUCAUCAGUUCCCUCUACUGCUUCUCCUGUGCCAUCCUUGUCCUUGGGGUGCAAGAGCAGCAUGAGCCACCUGGGAAACAGGACCAGUCCAGACUCCCAUUUAUUCACAGUCUGUUCAUCAUCAUGAGCCACAGAACCUACACGAUCCUUCUAAGUGGAUUCCUCUUUAUCUCCAUGGCAUUCCAGAUGGCCCAGGGGAUCUUCGCCUUCUUCUGCGCCCAUGCCGCUGGUCUCUCGGGGUACUUCCAGUAUCUGUUGCUCAUCCUACUGGUGGUAGCCUGCUUCACCAUUCCAUUCUGGCAAUGGUUCCUGGUGAAGUUUGGAAAGAAAACUACAAUUUUUGUUGGAUUUUCACUCAUCUUCCCAGGCUUCAUUAUUUUUGUCCAAGUGACAAACAGCUUCCUCACCUUUGCUUUCAUCAUGGUCCUGAUGGGCUGCAGCAUAGCCGUGCUUUUCUUGUUGCCAUGGUCCAUGCUCCCAGACACUAUAGAUGAUUUCCAACUAAAGAACCCAACCUGCCAUAACCUGGAAGCAUUCUUCUACUCUUUCUUCAUCUUUGUCAACAAGUUUGGAGGUGGUCUGGCCCUGGGGAUCUCUACCAUGUGUUUACACUUUGCAGGCUACCACCCUGGGACCUGUAAGCCAAACCCUAUGGUUAUACUGGUUCUCCGAGUGCUCAUGGCCCCCGUUCCCAUCACCUUGUUAAUCAUCGGCCUGACUAUCUUCUGCUUCUACCCCAUUGAUAAGAAAAAGAAGAAAGAAAUCCAAGCAAAGAUGGAGGCAGCCAAGGACCCAUUGUACUAGCAUUUGUGAUCCCAAGAGCUAGUACCAAAAGGAUCCCAAGUUCCACAUUGCAUGAUCAUGAGGAUGGUGUCAAAGUUAGAGGAACAAUAAACAUCUAGUGGAGUCUUUUCCUUGCAGCUCUUCCAGGGAAGCUUCCUGUUUAGUCAGCCACCAAGCUGUGUCAGUCAUUUGACAAUAUGUGCCAGACCCUGGGGGAAGAAUAUACUCAGAGGAAGUCCAGGAUAUCUCCUUGCAUUCUUCCUGGCUGAAAACAUGACCUCAGAAACAUAUGCUGUCAGUCUUGGAAAGAACCUUAGAAAUCAUCCUAUCCACACCUCUUAUAUAUGGAGGAUGGAAUUAAAGCCCAGAGAGAGCAACUGAUCCAUCCAAAAUCACACAAGCAGGACUAGUGCUCAGGUUCCUUGACUCCCAAGUCUUAUGUUCUUUCCAGAAAACUGCACUGCUUCUCCUUCAAUCUCUAGCUCCCUAAGGAUAAACGUGUCUUUCAGUAUAUUGACAUAAAAGAGAUUGCCAUGCAUCCUUUAUUGCAGUCAGUGGAGAGUAAGUAUGGUCUUUGACCUGUUCCCAGGAAGCCCAUGACAAUCCCAGACAUUCUAAAUGCUUAUCUCUUUGAUAAGUAGGUCUACAAGACCUAAAGAUUCACCUUUAUAUAAUAGUUAGAGAUUGGAGGAACAUCAAAGGAAGCCAAUUACACAGAGUGACAGAGCUAGGAUUAAAACAUGGCCCUCUGUCUUUAAGCUUUGUACUUCCUUUGCUUAGUUUCCUCAUCUGUAAAAUAGGGAUCUGUAAUAGGAGUUCUCAUCUUCAAAAUAGGGUUGCUAGGAGACACAAUGGAUAGAGCACUGGGCCUGGAGUCACAAAGAUCUUGUCAUGAGUUCAGAUCUGACCUCACUGUCCCACUGGCUGUUUGACCCCUAGCAAGUCACUUAACCCUGUUUACCUCAGUUUCCUCAUAUGUAAAAUGAGCUGGAGAAGAAAAUGGCAAAAUACUCCAAUGUCUUUGCAAGAAUAACUUUGCAAGGGUCAUAAAGAGUCAGAUAUGGCCGAAACAACUGAACAAGCUGUUUCUACUGAACUCAGCUGUGUCUCUAUCCCAUUGAAAGACUGUGGCAAAAUUCCAGGAGCAUUCCAGUGAGUUCCUAGUGUUUAAUACUGGUCACUCCUAUCCCUGUUAUCUAAAAAACUACAGGCUCCUUUUUUUCUUUUUAAUAUUCAUUUAAUUUUUUUCCAAUUAGCAAAAUUAUUUUCUCUCUCAAAAUUAUUCUCUCAUUGGAAAAGAAAAAUAAAUCCCUUUGAAGAAAUAUCUAUAUAGUUAAGCAAAACAAAUUACUACAAUGGCCUUGUUUUAAAUUACACAACACACACAUACAUAUACACACAAGUGCACAUAUAUAUAAAUAUUCAUUGAGUAUCACUUCUGUAUCAAGACAUGGGUAAGAUGUUGAAUAAUGAUUUUUAGGAAUUCUUAUGUUUUUCAAAGGCAUACAUACUAAUAGAAUACCCCAUAUAAAGGUGGUACUGCAAUGGGGAUCACAGAGACUUAAGUCCAUUCCACAGGAUGGUGAUGCUCCAGUGUGAAGGUAUGUUCUUGCAGGAAAGGAAGGUGUGCUCCAAAGUCCUCUUCUGAGAGUAAGGUUCUUAUACUCUGAUUUUGGCUGCAAUCUUUAAUCUGGCCAAUAUGAAUAUCAGGAGUCAAGGUAAAAUAUUUUGGGGUUUAUUAAGGAGAAAAAAUAAGCUGGUAGUAGGCAAAAUAUUAUUUGAGGGCCAAAACGA